UCUGGCUCCCCAUUGGCUGCGGUACCGGAAGGCGGCAGCGCCCCCUGGCGGCGGAGCGGGGGUCGAUGGCGCUGGGGGUCGCGAGGCUGCUCCGGGCACCGCUGCGGGUGCUGCGUCGCUCGAUGGCGUCGGAGGCUGCGGAGCCCUCGGGGACCCCCCCUGAAAAAUUCCAGACCCCCCCAGGAGAAUUCCAGACCCCCCCAGGAGAAUUCCAGACCCCCCCGGAAUUCCAGACCCUGCGGGUGCUGCGGGAACGGGAGCACGUCCUGCACGUGGAGCUCAACCGGCCCAGCAAGAGAAACGCCCUCAACCUCACCUGCUGGAGCAAGAGAAACGCCCUCAACCUCACCUGCUGGAGCAAGAGAAACGCCCUCAACCUCACCUGCUGGAGGGAGCUGGUGCAAUGUUUCCAGGCCGUCUCCCGGGACCCCUCGUGCCGCGCCGUCGUCAUCUCGGGCGCCGGGAACGCCUUCACAUCCG